CAUGCGAAAAGGCCCGAGUGAAAUAUUCUCUCGCGGUAUCAUUGCAGUUUUGCGGCUGCGUUGGUGGCAAAGCUUAUAAACGCCCCCCCUCUCUUCCUCACCUCCCAGUUCCAGAAGCUGAGCAUCUUUGCUCUCUCCUUUCGCUUUGCUUGUCUCAUGCAGCUGCAAGUAGUCGUAUGAUCACAGACUCAACAGGAACCUACUGAAGCCCGACAGAGACCAGGAGAGAGAACAAGGGCACGCAAAGCAUCUUUUGUUUUGAGCCGGUGGAUAUUGGGUAUAGUAGGUUCAGCGUUCAGGGCACUCAACCGGCUGGUCUCACUAGAGCAAGGACUGGUCAAGGACAGAGGACGAUUCAGAUGGAGAAGCUUGUGAAUCACUGCGACAUGGAGCUCAUGAAGAUGGCCAUGCUUAAGCACGAAGAGACCUUCAGGCAGCAGGUCCACGAGUUGCACCGUCUGUACCGCGUCCAGAGGCAGCUGAUGACCGGCCUGACCGGGCCAAGCUGCCGGCGCCAGAGGCGCAAGAAGCCGCGGCGAGCGCUGGACCUGCACCUCCCCGCCGACGAGUAUGUCGCCAUCGGAGAGGACAACGCGACGAGGGAAGACGAGCUCGAGCUGACGCUGGCCGUCGGCGGCGGCAGAGCCAGCCGGAGGAAGCGGCGGGACGAGGGCACCCUAUUGGCGUCGGACUGCUCCGGCGGCGGGAGCCCGACCUCGUCGUUGUCGACCGACAACAGCGGAUCGCCGACGUACCAGAGGGCGGAUCGCCGUCGUUGUCUCCAGGAAGGGACGGUGAUGAAGCAGCAGCAGUCGCCGUGGCUCGUGCAGUGCCUCAGCCUUAGGAUGGCAUGAGAUGAUCGAUCAUAACGUGCUCUCUGUAGGAUUGCAAAGGUCGUGUUGUGACUUGUAGGAGAGGAUGCAGGUAGUAAUAAC